GCCAGGCACCGUGUCUGAGCCCGCCCAACGCCUCCUGGGCCCUGUAGUAUCUGCAGCACCCGCAGCACCACCCGGCCGCGCCCCAACCCUCCCGGCACCGCCCCCGUCUGCCCUCCGCCAGCAUGUGCAAACACGUCCUCAACGCGCAGGUCGCCAUCCGCUCGCCGUGCUGCAAGAAGUGGUUUGACUGCGCCGAGUGCCACCAGGAGGCCGCCGACCACCCGCUGCUGCAGAGCUUCGAGAUGGUGUUUGUGUGCAAGAAGUGCAAGAAGGCCUUCCGCAAGGACGCCCGCGAGUUCGAGGACAGCGACGAGUACUGCCCGCACUGCGACAACCACUUUGUGCUGGACGCCCUGACGCCCAAGGCCUCGCUGAACGUCGAGGGCGAGGACGCCCGCGUCGACAACCGCAUGAUCAAGGACGACCGCCAGCGCCAGAAGGACAUGCGCACCAUCUUCGACGUCGAGGAGGCGCCCCACAAGCUGGGCUGAGCGGUGCCGAGCACGUCGCAACGCAACACACACAGUCGCACAGACAGCGCCGCGCCGCUCGACCAGCCAGACACGCGCACGGCACGGGGGAGAGGAGUGCAGGAGGAAGAAGUGCAGAGAGACACAGAG